AUUUUGGAAUACAUUUAAUGUAAAAAAAUAAGUUUAAGACUCGUCCUAUUAAUAUAGUUUACAUAAACUGACAUUACUUGAAAUUAUUUUAUUUUUAAGUUGUUUUUAAACUUUUUAAAGAAGUCAAAUAUUUUUUUAAUAUGCCACCAAAAAAUGGAAAGAAAAAUACAAAAACUGUUUCAGAAAAGGAAUAUACACUCUUGAAUUUAGAAGAAUUAAAAGUUAAAGAACUUAAAUACACCAAUUGUUUGAAGGAACUAAGAAAAUUUCUCAAUUUUAUUGACGAGGCUUUACUGGAAAUCUCAUCUCUUAAUGAAAAAGAAUUGCUGCAAGAUAAAUGGCAAAAUUUUGUUACCUGUAAUCCUUUACCUAAACCUUACAUACCAUCCGACAUACGCCUUUUUUAUAAUAAAAUGCAAUAUCUGGAAAAUGAAAAAGUGCAAGGUAGCAUAAAUUGGCUGUUACUAGUAAAUGAGAGAAGUCUUUUGACACAAAAUAUUUACCGUGAGGAUUUGACAAGACGUAAAUUAAAUACGAAAAUGAAAGAAAAUAUUGGUCAAGAAUAUAAUAGUUACAUCAAUGAUUCGUUAAAAAUUUUACAUAGAAUCGAAUAUUUCUUAGAUAACGAUAUAGAAGUGGCGAAAUAUCCUAUACACAUUUUUCAUGAUAUAGUUGGACGUAAGAUAGCUAUACAGGAGGAUAUAAAGGAUUUAAUAGAUCGUUAUACUUAUCGUAUAAUAAGUUCCGAAAAGGCCCAAAUGAGAUCUUUAGAUGCUAUUACCGCCGAAUACUGUUUUAAUGCGGAUAACUUCCAAAUCCAUAUUUGGUGUUUAAAAAAUGUUGCACUUAGAAUAUCUCAUUUAAGUGAACCUCGCCUUCUUGCCAAUUUUCAUUCGAUUAAACUACUUUUGCAUGUACCCUCCAAAAUGCUACGAGAAAAUCUUGUUAUAAGAGCUCUUCACAUGGACUUCGAUCAUUUCAGUGAAAAUGCCAAAAGUUAUAAACAAUCCAUCACAGUAUCCACAGAAAACCUCAAUGCUGGUAUAGUAGAUUUGCCUGAUUGUCUGGUCAAUGAGUGGAUAAUGCAAUUGGAAGUGCAGGAAAAGAAACGCAAUGAAUUGAUACAAAUUCGUAUGGAAUAUGAAGAAAAGAUGAGACAAUACGAAGAGCAAAUGGAAAAGAAAAAGGGACGUAAUAAAAAUGAGAAAGACACUAAAAGCAAAUUGAAAAUAGUAAAGCCUACCAAAGAACCUCUUUUUAUAGGAAAUGAUGUAUUUCCCGAUACUUAUGAAGAAUUUUUGAUGGAAGAAGAAAAGCAAUACCAGAAUUUUAUACAAACCGUUUAUAAACCUGAGUUGCUUGAUUUAAGAUCGGAUGAGAUCAAUCUUAAAAAAUAUUUUAUAUUGGGCGGCAUAUAUCAAUUAUAUUACGUAGUAAAGCCUUUACAUUAUGAUAUGAAUAGCUAUAAUUUGACCUGGCAUAAAAAACUGGGAAAUUUAGUUGUGGAUAAAGAAGUUACUAUCGCAGAUUCAAAACAUAUCUUUGAAUCUUUACAAAUGCCAACCACAAAACGCCUUACCAAGCGUAUGUCUAUCUUUGAAGCAGAGAAUUUUAAGUUAGAUACUGAUGCAGAGUGUCCUUGGUUUAUAGUAACCAUACACUUACCGGAGUAUCUUUGUUAUUGGGAUGAGCCAAUUGCAUGCCAUUUUGAAACAACAAUUGAACAAAAACAUGAAAAGGGAGAAGAGUUACAAAUGGAACCCACGGAGGAAAUAAAAACCAAAAAGGCUUUGAAAAAAAUUAAAGUAGAUCAACCGACACCAACAAUUACCAAACUACAGUCUACUUUAGUAGAUGAUUCCUCUAAAUCCAAUUUACAGGCAUUUUCCGAAGCCGAAUUACAGCUUUCUACACCUCGCGAUACUGCUACCGCCAGUUUUAUAAUAAGAACAAAACGUUUAACAGACAGUCAGCGUAGAUCAAAUGCCAGUUUCUUUAAAGGUUCUCUAGCGAAUUCGUUGUUACAAAAAAAUUCAUCUAAACGAACUGGCAUUAGCGAUAAAACCGAUAGUUUAUAUAUAAAUGACUUUCCUUUAACUGCAACUUCCCUUACAAAACCUCAAAUUAGACAUAUGGAAAGACACAUCGUACCACGUAUUAUAUCAUCUUAUAAAUUCCCCCAAGAAAUUCGACAAGAAGAAAUGGAGGCAUACAAUAAGAAACCCAAAGGUAAAGGUGGUAAAAUAAUACGUCAAAAGAAUGAAGAUUUACAAAAUAAACACUCCAAUCGUACAUUUGAUUUUACGGCCAUGCAAAAUAAACCCGAGAGACUAUUUCCCGCUUAUCCUAAAGUAGAACCCUUAAAUAUUGUUUCCCAUUUAAGAGAUGAUAACAUAAAUAUUGGUCAUGAGGAACCGGAAACAUUUGCUCAAUUACUGCAGAUUGUAAGCACUAUUAAGAAAAAAUAUCGCUUACGAGUACGUCAGACAAUGGACUUAAAAAAUACAACGACUGAAAUAAAAACCUAUAAUAAACGUAUUAGACAAAUGCAAAGAAAAAAGGAACUAUUGGCAAUAAAUUCAUCUAUGCAUACCUUACGUAGUACGAUCAUAUCGCAGCGUAAUACAAAACGUUCAACUGCUAAGUCUUUAAAAGAAGAAAGAAAAUCUAAAGUAUCUUUAGUGUCAAAGCGGGAGGAAAAAGAAACGGUCGAGCGUAAGAAGUUAAUAACAGCUGAAGAUUCUAAAUCUAAAUACUCAUUCGAAUCUGAUGUAUUGCUUAAUACAUCUAGUUCUGAAAUAUUAGUAAGGAAUGAAACACAACAGGAAGAGCCUGCAGCAAAAUCUUAUUCACAGUGGACUACAAAUUAUAUUUUAAAAUCAGAAUUUGAUAGACAAAAUCGUAAGAUAAUUUUUCACACAAAUCGUUUAGGUAAUUUUGGUUUUGCUUUCAAACGUUAUGAACACUUUCCUUUUAAAUAUUGGAAUAUGGAACCUAGUGAAACUGAUCCCGAAAAUGAGGUAGUAUUCACAUUAGAUACCCAAUAUGUAAGAUGUGUUCUUUACAUCACAGCCAAUGGCAUAAGAGGCCAUGUCACCGAACCCACUAAAACUUAUGUGCGUAAUCCCAAAAUGUAUUUGAUUAUAGAAAACCCCCUCAAGGAUUACAAAGAAUUCAAGAAACUCUUUAAGGAAAAACAUUUAAAUAUUUUUGCAGAACAUGAUGCCAGUUUUUAUAUAGAAAACGGUUAUUUUUCUGAGAAACAUUUAUCCAAUGAAAUGCAUACAUAUUGUUGUAUGUCAGUUCAUAGUACACAAAUGAGAUUUAAUUUCUCACAAUGGAAUCGUUUGGCUAAACGACGGGAUAUUAUUUUACAUUUUCAACAAUAUAAAGACUUAGCGGAAAAUCUUGUUGAAGUGCGUGUAACACCAGGAGAAGCAUAUUUCGUAGAUAUACAGGAAUUAUGUACGGAGGAUUUAAAUGAUAUAAAAUUAGAUUAUAAUUUAACCUGGCGAAAUAUUGAGUCCUAUAGCGAUCUACAUCAUUUGAUUGUUGCGAUGUAUCCAGCUGCGACUGAUUUACGUUGCAAGAAUCCUAAGUUGAUAUGUUGUAUAAGAGAUUUGUUGAGUGAAAUAAGGCCUUUAAGUUUUUCAUAAGAAAACGUUGCAAAAUUUUUCUAUAUAUAUUUUUUAUUCAUAUCUAUAACUGAAAAGUUUUCGAGAAAAGGUCAUAUUUUUGUAAACUAUUUUUGUGGUUUAAUA